UCUCCUUCCCAUUCAACAUCAACAACACAUUGCAUGCCACUUUUUUACCUUCUUUCUCUAUCUAUGGCUUCCCACAAACUCCUCACCAUUUUCCUGCUUUCUCUCAUUUCUUUCUCUUCAUUCGCUCAGGACUGCGCACCUCCAAAGCCCGCACCCAAACCACCCACUCCAAAGCCCGCACCCACACCACCCACUCCAAAGCCCAGCCCAAAGGUAAGCCCACCACCCGCACCCACACCACCCACUCCAAAGCCCAGCCCAAAGGUAAGUCCACCACCCUCGCCCAACGCCUGUCCUCCUACUCCUCCCACUCCUACUCCUCCUCCACCUGCUUCCUGCCCUAAAGACACCCUAAAGCUAGGUGUUUGUGGUAAGGUCUUAGGACUUGUGAACAUUAUUGUUGGAAAUCCUCCUACGAGUGACUGUUGCGCUUUGAUCAAAGACUUGGCGGAUUUGGAAGCUGCACUUUGCCUUUGCACUGCCAUUAAGGCCAAUGUGCUUGGAGUCAACUUGAAUGUUCCUGUCACGCUCAGCGUCAUCCUCAGUGCGUGUCAGAAAACUGUUCCUCCUGGCUUCCAAUGUUCCUAGGAUUCAAAAUAAUUAGGUUCACUUCUCAGAUAUCACUGCUUAGAUAUAUACCACCAUGCGCUUUAUGAUUCA